AUGCCCGAGUUGAUACCAGAGCGGACGACCAACGCGAUUUCGGAAUUCCAAACCGAUUAUGAUGGGAUUCUAGAAGGCCUCGGUAGCCUGAAUCGUUGGUCUCAAUCAACCGUUUCUAGCAAGGAUUCGCCUGUCAACCGUUCUCGGAGAAAUUCAUCGCCCAGUAAUAUUGAAUCGCCAAAAGCAAAUGCAAGCCCGGCUAGCACCUCCAGCCCUGAGUGUUAUGUUCCCGAUCACCAGCGUGGCCAAUCACAGGGGUUUCGUGUCUCCCAGCCUUCGAUGUCAGCAAGCCAUACCGAAGCGUCCAGACUUGAAUCAUCAGAUGCUGGUACGAUACCCAAGUUGGCGGGGAAUGAUACCUUCGAUUCAAAUCUUGAGACAUCGGAGCCUGUGUUAGCCUCCCCCGCUCUCUUCCAAAACCCGUGGGCAAAGUCAAGCUCAAUCAGCAUGGGCUCUGGCGAACAUAAUCUAUCUCGUGAUCCAGCGAGCUCUCAACCGGUUGGCGACAGCUCACGCCCAGCAUCAGCCAAGGGAUAUGGCUCUGGACGACGGCGGCGGGGCUAUUCCCAGAAAGCAAUGCUUUCUAAAGCAUUGCAGAAGGCUAAUACUGCAGUUCUCCUGGACAAUGCAGCUAAUUUCGAAGGUGCAAUGGAAGCUUACAAUGAUGCUUGCCAACUUCUACAACUAGUCAUGCUGCGAAGCAACGGAGGAGAAGACGAGAGAAUGAAGCUUCAAGAGAUUCGCGACACCUAUAUGCUUCGUGUAACCGAGCUGCGUCGUAUGGACUUCUCCUUCCGCGAAGUUAACAGCAAAGCGCUUCCUGAACGUCCCUUAUCCAGAUCUUUAGUUCAUGAUAAUCCGAUCUCUGAAGGAUCUAGAACCAUGGUACCCAAUCAAAUACCUCCGAGGCGUCAGUCGCUAUUGCCGUCGCCUUUGGAGGAUGAGUCAAGAUAUGCUAUACCGUCACCCGUGUCCGGCAGACCGGCUCAGUCUGAUUCGUCCAGGCAAGCGUCGGAGAAUUUGUUUCAGGGCGCACUGGACCCUCCGCAGGAUACAUAUUUGACCAGAGGGCUCGGUCAGGAUGAGGAAUCCUCGUCUUCCGGGGAUCCUCAUUCUGAGUUGACCUUACUGAGCACUCACGCCAGGGACAUUUACGAGUCAACCUCGUGGCUCGAUACUAUCGACGAGUCUGGUGCUUCUUCACCUUCUUCCCAGCACUCCCGAGUAUCAUCUGUAUAUCUACGGCGGAGGAGAAGCUACCGCUUCAGCCAUGGUACUGAAGCCGAAUUUGAUGCUGCAUUAGAUGCUGCCGUUGAGGCUGCAUACGAUGAAGGGUUGGAGCCUGCGGUAGAGGUGGACGGUUACGAUACAGACGAUGAGAUUGUAGCGAACGCUCGCAGGAACGUUGAGUUGGCAAAACAGAGAGUAAGGGAAGCGGAGAGAGAAGCGGAAGUAGCAAUAACACAGGGCCACGAUCUUCGCCACAUGCUCGAGCAGACGAGGCUCGACCAUUCAAGUGAUUUGAUCCAGGAUUAUCCUGACGAUGAAGCCGAAGAAGAGGAGCGAUUGUUGGAUGAAAUGACCAGUGGGUACGUUAUGGAUGAUUUCGCAUUUGAUCUCCAGUCAAAAUCUGCUCUUCCGCGCCAGUCAGGUUCAAGCGUGUUAUCCGCUAGGACCUGGGAGAGCUCGGUUGUCCCUAAUUCAGCUACAACAACGCCCGGCGUGACUUUGGCUCCGCUGGAGGAAGAUGAUGUUGUGUUAGAGGAUCAAUCAGAGAAAUCUCAGAGCGCACUUACUCCAUUGGAGUUCGACCUAGUUUCCUCACAUCAUGUUCCUUCCGGUCUGCCCAAACAGUCUUCUGUGCGAACAGCGAGUCCAAGCGUGCGAGCACGACGAAUGUCAGGUCAAAACCCGACGGAACUGAAAAUCGAAACAAGCUCUCGUCCUAAGAUUGGCGAUGAUGCGCUCACCCAAGGCUCCGCGGAUACGGACACGUUUCGACCACCCCCUGUCCCCAAAGACGGAUCUCAAACACUCUCUUCCGCAAGCUCCACUUCAAAAACUCCCGCUUCAGCUUCCGUUCUUGCAUCAGCCGUGCAUCUUAACCGAAGGAAUGCUUCAAUUGCAUCACUGGCUGAAGAUGGUUCCACCAUUGAAGUACUAGAGAAAGUUAUUACAGAGGAGGGAAAACCGUAUGCCAGGAUAUCGAAGGUGCCAUCACCCGCCCGUCUGAUUGGCAAGGUCCCUUCGGCUCCAGACAACCUGGGCAAGUUAAAUUCAGGUCUGAAGACGUUCCGGCCGAGGAAUGUCUCUGUACCGGCGCCUGAUCUGUCUGCCAAUUCCCCGGAAACACCAUCAAGCGGUGCAUUCCCGGACCUCCAUAAGGGAACAGCAAUUGGCCCGGCUCCUUCUCUACCUACACCUAUUGGUGCAACUUUUGCGCCGUCCGGUCUCACCAGUGGAGGCCUGGCGGUCGAAGAAAAGGUGUCCAACUGCGACUUGUUGACGGCGGCGUUACUUAAGCUUGCUAAGGUGGACACUUAUGACGCCGACGCCGUCCUGGAGGAAAUGCAAUCCUUGGAAGCUGUGCUCGACCAGGUGCAGGUGUCUCUGUCAAAGAAGAUUAGCAGCGAAGUCGGCGUGCAAGGGGCUUUGCCGAUCUUCAAAUAUUCUCAGAGCUCUGAGGAUGCGGCAAAUGGGUUUGAUAUUAUGCCGCAGAAAGUCAACAGCAGUUCAAGCAAAUCGUCAUAUCUAACUUCGUGGCGAAAAUUGCGUUCCAAAAACUCGGGUUUCGGUGCUCCCGCUACACCGGUGCAUUCCAAAGAAACCAGCAAAGAUAAUUUAACAAUCAGUUCGCUUCCCAUGACUUCGUUGCCGACUUCGCAGGCUGCCAGGCGUGUUACACCACAGGCCCAGUUCAGUGGACCCAACGCACAUUAUAUGGCUGCGCUCGCCCGACUGUGUGACGCGGCGCAGGUGCUAGACCAGAUUGCCCAGCAAGUUGAAGACCCCGGUCUCAAACAUUCCUCGCCCACAUUAGUCGGUCUGGAAUUGAGUACACGCCAUGCUGCUGAAUUUUUCGGAUUCUAUAUCUGCCGAUUCGCUUUGAACGACAUUGGCAUGAUGCUUGAUAAGUUCAUCAAGAGAGGAAGUGAAUGGGUUUUGAUCUGA